GAAUGACUUCCCGUUAGUAGAGUGUAGUUUUUUUAGUGAUAACAUAAAGCUAUAUCCUUCAUUAAAACCAUGUCAGGCAAGUCAGAGUUGAAAAUCAACUCCCAGUUCGCGCAGAAAUAUGAUAAAUACCGACAGAAAGAAGAGCUACAGAGACUGAAGGAUCGAUACGGAGACCAAGACGAUGAGAGCGAGUCGUCUGAGUCCAGCUCCGAAGACAGUGAAGUGGAGCUGGACCCGGAAGUUGAGAGAGACUUCUACAGAACACUGUCACUGCUGAAGAAGAAAGACCCCAAGAUCUAUCAGACGGACGCGAAGUUCUACUCGGAAGUUGCAUCCACCAGUGAUGAGAAGCCUUCGAGCUCAAAGAAGGCAGUAAAGCCCAUGUAUCUGAAGGACUAUGAGCGUAAAGUCAUACUGGAAAAAGAGGGCAAAUAUGAGGAUGAUGACGACAGUGACUAUGAGGAGGCCGCCAGGAGAAUGGAGAGAGCUGCCUCUCCGAGCUACAUUCAGGAGCAGCGGGAGCUGAAAGACAGCUUCCGUAAAUUCAUCCAGGACAGCGAUGACGAUGACCACGAGGAGGAGGAGGAGGAGGAGGCCAGCGAGGGAGCUGGACGAUCCGAGUUUCUCACCAGGAGGAUCAAAACGCAGGAGGAGAAGGAUAAAGAGGAGUCGGACUAUGUGGAGUGGCUGAAAGGCCAGGAUGACCUCGAGGGUCCGGAGGAGGUGAAGGACAUGAAAUACUUAAGGGACUACUGGAAUGACCCGGAGUUGGAGGAGAAGGAGCGUUUCCUGAGAGACUAUGUCCUCAACAAGGGCUACCUAGACGAGAACGCCAACGAUGACGAACGGAUCCCGACGUACGACGAGGUGGUCCAGGAUGACGUGGACGACUCGGAGGAGGAAGGGGAUACUUUCUUGAAGCGGCAGGAGGACUUCGAGAGGAGCUACAACUUCCGCUUCGAAGAGCCCGACGCUCAGCAGAUCAAGACCUACCCCCGCAGCAUCGCCACGUCUGUGCGCUCCAAAGACGACCGCAGGAAACUCAAAAGGGACGAAGUGAAAGAAAGGAAGGAUAAGGAGAAAGAGCAGAAGCGGGAACAGCUGAAGCAGCUGAAGAACCUGAAGCGGAACGAGAUCGUGGAGAAGCUGAAGAAGCUCAAGGAGCUGACGGGCAACGAGGAGCUCGCCUUCAGUCAGACUGACCUGGAGGGAGAGUUUGAUCCACAGCAACACGACCAGCUAAUGCAGAAAUUCUUCGGUAAUGAAUACUACGGAGGAGAAGAGGAGGAGAAGCCUCAGUUUGACGAUGACGAAGUUGAAGAGCCCUGGAACUGGGACGUAUGGACGGGGGAGGACCGAGAGGAGGACGAAGACGAGUAUGAUGCCUCUGGGCCUCACUGCGAAGAUGACAACUUCGUUAUGGACGCGGACUACGACCCCAACCAGCAGACCGCCUCCAGGAAGAAGAAGCAAAAGGAGAGGAAGAAGAUGAAGAAAGAGGAUUUGCCACAGAUGGGCAAAAAGAAGAAAAAGUCUCACUUCGCAGAAGCCCUCACCAAAAACAAGCCUGUGUUUGACCCACAGGAGAAAAGCUUCGAGCAGUACUUGGACGAGUACUAUAAACUGGACUACGAGGACAUCAUAGACGACCUCCCGUGCAGGUUCCGCUACCGGCAGGUCCUGGCCAACGACUUCGGCCUGAGCACCAACGAGAUUUUAACCGCCAACGAUAAGGAGCUGAACCAGUGGUGCUCUCUGAAGAAGACCUGCAUGUUCAGGUCCGACAAGGAGGAGAUGAGUGAUUUGAAGAACUAUCAAAUCAAGGCCCAGAAUGAAAAGAGGAAGAAGGAGAUCCUGAGUUCUAUGUAUUCUGAGGAAGCUAAAGAGCUGGCAGACGGUAAGAACAAGGUGGGGAAGAAGCGGCGCGAUCAUCUGAAGGACGCCGAGAAGCAAGACGGAGCAGCAGAGGACGGAGACGCCACCUCCAUCACGGACUCUACAGGAGAGACAAUAGCACAAGCUCUCAGAGAGGCAGGGGAGGAGGAGGAGGAGGAGGAAGAGAUUCUGAUACCCAAGAAAAAGGUGGAAGAGGAAGUCCAGAUGGUGGUUACUGCUGUGGAGGCAGCAGACAAAGCUGCUGAGGUGAAAAACAGGACUGAGAGGCCAAAAUGGUCCAAGAAGCAGCACAGCCACACCGGUGGACACCUCGUAUUGGGAAGCCACGGGGUGAAGAUAGGCGGCCGGGAGUUCAGCAGACAGAGACUGAAGGCCUACGGGCUGAACCCCAAGAGACUGUUCUUCAGACAGCUCGGCAGACAGAAACGAAAAGAACAGCUGAAGAUGGAGAAGCAGAAAAACAAGGCGUGAGCACCAUCUCUGAGAUAACUGCCGACAAUACAAUCUAUAGAUGUUUAUGGUCUGAGAAUUAAACACAUUAUAGAAAUGUACUUUGUU